AUGGAAGAGUCAGCAUCUAAGCUGACAGAAGCCGUUCAGGAGCCCACAGUUGUACUGAAAGAUGAGCUCAAAAAUAGCAGUCUGUCCAAGCCGUUAGAGAAGUCAAAGUCCUGCAAGAGAGUUGAGUGGUCAAGUGACACUGUUGACAAUGAGCACCUGGGCCGUCGCUCAUCCAAAUGCUGUGUUUAUGAGAAGCCACGUGCCUUUGGUGAGAGCUCGUCAGAAAGUGAAAAUGAAGACAAUGACAAUGGUGAUGUACUCUGUGCCCGGGGACAUCAAAAGAGAAGGUGUGUUCUUUCAAAUACUGUUGCUAGGACUUCAUCUCCCAAGCCUAAAGAUCCACCUGAGUCCCUUCCUUCCCCCAUUAAUGGCUAA